AUGAACUGGGCUACCUUCGGAGGGUCCGAGUGCUUUAUCCCAGGAGGCAUUCAGAUGGAGGCGAUAUGCCCACUAAGCAGAAGUAUCACAGAAUGGUAUCAUUACUACGGCAUCGCGGUGAAGGAAAGCUCCCAAUAUUAUGAUGUGAUGUAUUCCAAGAAAGGAGCCGCCUGGGUGAGCGAGACGGGCAAGAAAGAAGUGAGCAAACAGACGGUGGCAUAUUCACCCCGGUCCAAACUUGGAACAUUGCUGCCAGAGUUUCCAAAUGUCAAAGAUCUAAAUCUGCCGGCCAGUCUGCCAGAGGAGAAGGUUUCUACCUUUAUUAUGAUGUACAGAACACACUGUCAGAGAAUACUGGACACUGUAAUAAGAGCCAACUUUGAUGAGGUUCAAAGUUUCCUUCUGCACUUUUGGCAAGGAAUGCCGCCCCACAUGCUGCCCGUGCUGGGCUCCUCCACGGUGGUGAACAUCGUCGGCGUGUGUGACUCCAUCCUCUACAAAGCUAUCUCCGGAGUGCUGAUGCCCACUGUGCUGCAGGCGUUACCUGACAGCUUAACUCAGGUGAUCCGAAAGUUUGCCAAGCAGCUGGAUGAGUGGCUAAAGGUGGCUCUCCAUGACCUCCCAGAAAAUUUACGAAACAUCAAGUUUGAAUUGUCGAGAAGAUUUUCCCAAAUUCUGAGACGGCAAACAUCACUAAAUCACCUUUGCCAGGCAUCUCGGACAGUGAUCCACAGUGCAGACAUCACAUUCCAAAUGCUGGAAGACUGGAGGAACGUGGACCUCAACAGCAUCACCAAGCAAACCCUUUACACCAUGGAAGACACUCGAGAUGAGCACCGGAAGCUCAUAAUCCAGUUGUAUCAGGAGUUCGACCAUCUCCUGGAGGAGCAGUCUCCCAUCGAGUCCUACAUCGAGUGGCUGGACACCAUGGUGGACCGGUGUGUUGUGAAGGUGGCUGCCAAGAGGCAAGGGUCCCUGAAGAAGGUGGCCCAGCAGUUCCUCUUGAUGUGGUCCUGUUUUGGCACAAGGGUGAUCCGGGACAUGACCUUGCACAGUGCCCCCAGCUUCGGGUCUUUUCACCUAAUUCACUUGAUGUUUGAUGACUAUGUGCUCUACCUGUUAGAAUCCCUGCACUGCCAGGAGCGUGCCAAUGAGCUCAUGCGAGCCAUGAAGGGAGAAGGAAGCACCGCAGAAGUCCGAGAGGAGAUUAUCUUGACGGAGGCUGCCCCACCAACCCCUUCACCAGUGCCAUCGUUUUCUCCAGCAAAAUCUGCCACGUCCGUGGAAGUUCCACCUCCCUCUUCCCCUGUCAGCAACCCAUCCCCUGAGUACACUGGCCUCAGCACUACAGGAGCGAUGCAGUCAUACACGUGGUCUCUAACAUACACAGUGACAACGGCGGCAGGGUCCCCAGCCGAAAACUCCCAACAGCUGCCCUGUAUGAGGAGUACACACGUGCCUUCCUCCUCAGUUACACACAGGAUCCCAGUUUAUCCUCACAGAGACGAGCACGGAUACACGGGAAGCUAUAACUAUGGGAGCUAUGGCAACCAGCAUCCUCCCCCAAUGCAGAGCCAGUACCCGGCCCUCCCGCACGACACAGCCAUCUCGGGACCGCUCCACUACUCCCCGUACCACAGGAGCUCCGCACAGUACCCGUUUAAUAGCCCCACUUCCCGGAUGGAACCUUGUUUGAUGAGCAGUACUCCCAGACUGCAUCCUACCCCAGUCACCCCCCGAUGGCCAGAGGUGCCGACAGCCAACACGUGCUACACAAGCCCGUCUGUGCAUUCCACGAGGUAUGGAAACUCUAGUGACAUGUACACACCCCUGACCACGCGCAGGAAUUCUGAGUAUGAGCACAUGCAACACUUUCCUGGCUUUGCUUACAUCAACGGAGAGGCCUCCACAGGAUGGGCUAAGUGACUGCUUUCAUAGGAAUCCAUAUUUAAUAUUAAUAAUUAUUAUUAAUAAUAAUAAUAAACUCAACACCCACCCCCCCAGAAGAAUUUUAUCUCAAUACAUCAUAACUCCUGGACUAUUCCUAGGCAUCCAUUUUCCUAAUGAACAUGAGGCUGGGAUUCAGUGUGGGAUGAAUAAACUUUAGUUCAGAAAUGGGACUCACUAAAAGUCAGUGAGGUUGGGUUCCUGUAGCCAAGCCAGACUUGACUGUCUGUAUAGAGCACUAUCUCGGGCAGGCCGACCUGUGCCUUUUCCCUCUGUUCCAUGCCUUCACUUUAUGUUGGCAACCAUUCCCAGUAAAUUACCUGUUUUCCUGUUGACAAAAGCUCUUUAGUCUUGAAGGGUGGAUACUAGAGACGGAAUCUGGUUUGUGCUUUUGGAUGGGCACAUAAUUUAACCAAGAGCAUUCACCUUUCCAUCUGGCUGUCAUCUUACUGUACAACAGACAGCCCCCUCAGAUAAUGCCCUAAGCAUCCCUUCUUCCUGGUGGUGUCAUCACUGCUUCCUGGAGCACCAGGGCUAAGCGGAGGUAUCUGGAAACUCUAGAUUCCCUGUUACACUCAUGUCUGUCACAGUACCUGUAUUGUCUUGGAAUGUAAGCACUGUUUAGAGGGAAGGAAGAGGCCUGUUCUGUUCUGUAUGCCUUAAGUUGAGUGAGGUUUGUAGGGGACCGGUUCUUCUACAUGCAAGUAUUUGUCCUAAGUUUGCACAAUGGCUAGUGUCAGCAAAAGGCAGGAGAGGGGUUUUUAAAGUUCUGUGAGAAUGUGGAUUUAUGGCAUUGAGUAUCAUACUCAGCUCUGCUGUAUUAACUCUGUGAAACUGAAUGGACCAAACUUUUAACUUACCAAGCACCAAGUGUGAAAAUGACUUUCAUGGUUCCUUCAUAAGACUAUGAUAAUUUCCGACACUUUGAUAGAAAAAAAAAGAAUCAAAGCUGUGCCUUUGAACCUAUACUAUACUGUGUAUGUGUGGAAAUAAAAAUGUAUUGUACUUUUGGAAAAUCUUUUCGUAGGCAUUUUUCUGUCAGAUUUGUAGCAAUUUGUGAGGUUUGUUAGAGAUUAACAUAGGUUUUAUUUCUGUAUUAUAAAAAACACCAAGAAAUUAUGGUGGACCUAUUACCCUAUGGGUAAGAAAUAAAUGGAAACAUGACAUCGGAUGUUUUAGCAAUUGUCCUGUAAAUAAAAUAUUUGAUCACACCACUCAGUGUGAUAAUCAUGUCUACAGCUAAAAUGGAAAUAGUUUUAUCUGUACAGUUGUGCAAGAUAUGAAUGGUUUCACACUCAAAUAAAAAGUAUUGGAAUGACCUGCUUUCUUCAUUUCCAUUUUGUAUUUGAUAAUGACCUGUGUGUGUGUGUGUAAUAUAAAUGACAUUCUGAAUACUUAGGGUAUAAGUAGGCAAAACAAAACUAUAGGCAAAACAAAACUAAGUGGUCUUCUGUGGUUGUGCUUAUC